UUUAGACACAACAUAUGUUGGUGCAUAGAUGAGUCUAUAUUUUUUGCACAUAAAAAAAUCUACUAAACAAGCGACAACAAAUCUCGUUCCAACAAUGAUUUGAUCCAAAGUCGAUGAAAAUAAUUAAGUUAAAACAAGUAACAAACGAAAAUUCCAUCAUUCGAAGAUGAAUACGGCGAUCUUGUUGGCAAUAAUCGGCAUCACAAUUUACUACUUCAUAACAUGGUUGAUUCCAAAGAUAAUUGGAUACCUUUUCAUUCAGCGAUUCAAUACGCAAAUUAAAUUCGGGCGUGUUAGCUUGCCAUUCACAUUACGAGCUGUGAAAAUAAUCAAAAAUGGAUUUUCAAUUCAUAUUGAUGAAAUUACGGUUCGCAGCAGUUUCUUUAAUUCCGAAGUCAGUAAAUUGCUAUCGAUUACCAUUCGUGAUAUUCGCAUCAACAAGGACAUCAAUGAAGCAGCUGCCACCGAUUCGAAUGCAGAUCGAACCACCGAAGACGAUUCUAUCGAUCCAAAUUUGAACGUAUGCGAUUUUCGUAAUACAAAAGUGCCACCCAGUAUUCUUAAAUUUGCGCAGUUUAUGUCAGUGAAUGUGCACAAUAUUUCCGUUGUUAUGAUGAACAACACAUUCAAUCCAAGUUGGUUUCUUCAUGCGACUACUGGCGAUUUACAUUUGGAUGGAAGCACAUUGCAUAGCUUGAAAACAUUAGUGGUGACGGCUGCAUUGAGUGAUGCCAGGUUCAAAUUUUUCCGACACUACGAUUCGACCAUGUACGAAAAACAUAAAUCGAAACCAUGUUUGGCUGAAUUAAGCUUUGGCCUUUCACUCGAUGGCGUAUUGGCCGCAACCGGGCCACUUGCCGUUGAAAAAAUGCAAUUGGUUAUCAAGCAGACGAAAACUUACAUACAUGAUGGUUUCUAUGAUUUUAUUCGUGAUACAAAUCAAUUGCCGAUAGUCGAAAAGAAAACAAUCAAAUCACCACAUUCACUGGAUAUUGAUGAAUUGUGCCAAAGAAUUUCACCGAUUAUACCGAAGAAUUUUACAGUGAAAGUGGACAAUGCAGCAUUCUCAGCUAUCAGAGAUGAUGCAACCGAAGAUUUUACGGCCAAACUUGAUUCGUUUUCGGUGAAUGGAAAAUUUGCCACGAAUACCGAGGAAAAUACACUUCGAUUGCCAUUCAUGCAUGCAAACGUACAGUUGGAGAAGUUCGAAAUUGAUACACAACAGGAAAAAUUGCUAUUCAUUGAAUUGUUCACAAUUGAUACAAAAUUGGAGCACAGAGUAUUAAAUACAUUUUUCAAGAUAAAAUCAUUUCAAUUCGUGUAUAAUCACGAAGAGAUUUAUAAAUGGGUGAACAAUAAUAUAUUUUCAUCAAGUCCAUCCAUUCAAGCGAAGCCGUUGUCGUUGAUUUUGCCAAAUCCAAAAUCGCUUGAAAAGCGUCGUUUUUCAUUUGGUGGCACGCCCGAACGUGAUUUCGAAUGGUUAAUGAGUCAAAUCAUCAUAAAAUGUUGUGCCGAAGUGUUUAAUUUUUCGAUACUAACCAAAGUGAAUAAUCGGGUAUCAUCGUUGAGUGUGAGUCAUACAAAAGUGUUACUGGAUCAAUUCGAUAGCAAACGAAAUACCGCGUACGAAAAUAAAUGGCUAAAAAUGUUAUUGGGCAAUCGACACUGGAGCACGGAAUUGUUAGUCGAAUCAUUUUGGUGUUCGCUGGAUAAUGCAACGAGAGACGAUUCGUUACGAAAAAUUCACACACGUGGCAGUCCCAUUUAUGUUGGUGUCAGUUUAGUGAAAUUGAACAGUUAUGGCAAUGCGAUAAAAUUGGAAUUAACGAUGCAUACAUUACGUUUGGAGUACAGUUCCGAUUUGACCGAUCUAUUGAUUCGUCUGAAAGACUGUCUGGGUCAAUAUGGUUUUCGAACUGGGCGACGGCGAAUAUUUGAGUUACCUGAAAUGAGCGAAUGCUUUGAGCAAUCAUCAAACGACAUUAGCAAUAAAAUAAUGCCAAAAAUACUUAUAAAUACAAAAAUUACCGAUGUCACAUCAUUUUUAUUCACCAAUCAUGACGCAUGCAUUUUGAUAAGUUUGUCGGAGAUGUCAUUGGCGCGCACCCAACAAAUUACCGUUUUUAAAAUUGACGAACUGCAUUUGGCGGUAAAAAAUAUGGUUGGACAAGAAAAUAAUACAAUGUUUAAUCUUAGUGAUUUUACCGAACUGUUUACGAAUAUGAAAUUAAUUCGUGUGGAAUAUUUGAUGAAAUUUCGACCAAAACUACCCACACUCAAUCAAUUUAAUAUUCAUAUUGUAAAUGAUGCGGUUAUUAUGUGGAAUUCAAAUUUGCAUAUGCAAUGUUUAACACUAUUUCAAGAUGUACAACAAUUUUUGCGUGACUUUAUACCGGAUAAAUUCAAUGCCAUCGUACCGGAGUCAACGAAUUCGUGUGACGAUGAAAAAACAUCGAAUGGCCUAUCAAAAACUGUUUUUGAAAUUUAUGCCGAGAGUAAUUUAGAAAUUGGCAUCAAAUUAUCGGAACGGCAUUCGAUGCAGAUAUUUUUUGAAAAUCUAUUUUUAUCGACCAAAGAACAGACCAUGGUAUCAAUUGAAAAAUCAUUCAUCAAUAUUGAUGAUGCGCACAUUUUUACCAUCACCGAUGCAUCCAUGCAUUCGGCCACAUCAUUGGAAUUUAUGCGCGUUGAACGUGCAAACUAUGAGCACUUUGUGUGCCCCGUCAAUAAAGUGUGGGUCACAACGUUGGGCAGUUUUAAAAUUAUAUUUCCAUAUGACCAUGAUUUUGCGGACGCUUUUCAAAAUGAAUUCAAUUCACUUGUGAAAUGGCUUAAGGGAUUGCAUGGCAUUCAACGAAAACAAUUUACAGACGAUACACCGUUGCCCAGCGAUAUGGUGAUUCAAAUUAAAGAGUUUUUAUUGGAAAUGAGCGACGAUCCGUUUGAGGUAAAACUUCGUGAUAAUUAUGUACUCUUGGUAGAUGAAUAUCAUGAAAGUAUCAAGCGACAGCAAUUGUUUGAACAGAAAAUUCAACAAAUUGUUGCCGAUCGCUUACUUUUACCCAAUGAAACACUGGCCGAACUGCAUGCCAGUUUGGUGAAGAAAAGUUCCGAAAUUUAUAUUCAACGAUCGAAGAAAAUUAAAGAGGCUGGUCCAACAAGGACACGACUAUUCGCAUGGACACUUACCGAUGUUGAGUUUAUGAUUAUGGCCGAUCCAUCGCUGCACGGACCGCCCAAUGUUCUUAAAAUGAUGAAGGAAAUUGAUGCGGACAGUCCAUGGCCAGAAGAUGGACUGGAUUUUGUUACACUCUGGUGUCGUGCCAUCAAUUUUAGCUGCACCGAAUGGAAGUUUUUGUUAAGAGAUUUCCCACAACCAAUGUUUUAUGUGAAAAAUAUGCAUUUAUUUGGUCAUUUAUGUGGCGCAGAACAAUCGGCACCACCCCGAGCCAAACGAGAUGUUGAAAUUGUGAUUGGCGCACCAUUUGGAACACAUACAAUACAGAGGAGUUUAUUACCAUUGAAAUUCUACCAUGACUUUGACUGUGAUUGGGAUCUGUGCAGUUAUGCAUUUGGUCCAUGUUGGGAGCCGGUAAUGGCACAGUGCAAUUUAAGUUUCGAAAAGAUCCUAGCACCGUCGCGUGAUCCAAGUCCAACGCUUCCAUUCUGGGAUAAAAUGCGACUGCUCUACCAUGGACGAUUGACAAUCAUUGCAAAACAAUUUACCGUUUUGUUGCACGCAUCACUUGAUCCAUACAAUACAACGGAAGAAAUGGAAUUAACAUGGAACAAUUGCGGAAUCAUUUGGACCAAUGCCAAAGCAAUAUUCAAGGGUGAAUUGAAUGUGUGUGUUCGAACAGCAUCGCGUUAUGAUGAUUGUCGUUUGUUGCAUUUUCCAAAUCUAAAGUUAACGUUUAAAUUGAAUUGGGUGUGCUUGGGAAAUCCGAAUGAUCAUCACGUUGUGAUACCAUGUGCACCCGAUAAAUUGCCCGAAUACUCAAGUAAUCAAAUCCACGAUUCGUUCCGAGCAUUUCGAUCGCAAAACCUAAAUAUAUGGGUUUCAUUCGAAACAAAACCGCCACAAAAUCAACAAAAUGAAGUCGAUCUACCGAAUUUGGUGCUUUAUGGCAGUACAUUGCGUUGGUUUGAAAGUUUAAAAUUGAUUUUAUCCGGCGUAACGAGACCAACGCGCCGUGGACCCGUUUUCAAUAAUGUUCGACCGCGAAAGAAACAAUUGAGCCGUCAUUAUAAAAAGGCACACUUACAAAUGAGUCUGCAUAAGUUCCAAGUUGUUUACUGGAUGUCGCAUGCAUUGCAUCGUGGUUUUGAGUUGAAUGGCGGCCGUGUUUCGUUUAGUUCCGAGCAUCAAUUGACUUUGUAUCCAACUGAUGAUGGUUUAACGCAUCGUCCGCGCGCUGAAUGGGCCACCAUGUACAUGAAUUGUGAAUUGAACGACACGGAAAUUUGGUUGAAAAGCAUUUUAAAUGAUAAAAUCGAUGUGAGCACUGAGAAUAUAUCCAAUUUGGAUGGUUUGAAAAUUGUGAAAUUUUACUUUUUGAGUUUGGCCAAAGUGUCGUACGGACGUGAGGCAUUAAUUCAAUCCGGCAAUGCGGAGCCAAAACAAAAAGAUACACCCAUUCAUAAGUUGGUGGUGUACGAUUUAAAAGGUGCAUGGACAAAAAAUAAUCGUGAUGUUGCAUUUGCGUUGUUCGAUUCAUUUAUGAAGUCACAAAAGUUAAAGUAUAAUUUGUCGACCGAAGCGUUACAAGGUUUUCGAAAAGACAAUACAAAUACACCGAUGAAAUCGAGAUCAAAUUCAAUGAGUGCCACCACAUCAACAUCAACCCCAUCAACAUCGUCCACUCAACAGAUUUUAAGCUCAUCGUCAGGGAACACGUCACAAAUCCAUUUGAAAACAACACAUGCAUCAACAAUGCUUCAGCAAUUGAUUGCCGAAGCUGAUCACAAAUUUAAUGUGUACAGUGAUGAUCUAUCGACACAAACACGGGAACAACAACUGGAAGGUUUGCGUGCAUGUCAAGACGAAGAUGUCACCCAAUGUAAUUGGUUUAUUUCGUUGGUAAAUUCACAAGUAUUGCUAAAAGGCUGUGAAACGUCGGGCUAUGUGAUAAUGAGUGCGGCCAAAGCGGAAAUUUUGCAACGUGUUCAUCGUCCUGUUUGGCGUGACCGAAGUUUGGUAUCGAAAACAACUUGGGUUGGAUUUUUGGAAUGUAUGCAAUACUAUGCCACUGUUAGUCCGGGCGAAAAUGAUUCGUUGCUCGAUGAAAAUAUCAUGUGGUUAACAUUGGACAAUAUUGAAGAAAAAGAUAAAGAUGCAACGGUCAUAAAUGAUUUACCCGAUAUACCGCAUUUAGUGGGCAGUGGUCAAAGUGUUGGUGGUGUUGUUUCGGAAACUGUUGGUGCGGCCGGAAAUUCCGGCAUUGGUGAACCGCAUCCAAUUCAAUUGCAACGAAUUGUAUCACGUUGUAAAUGUGAAUUUUUUUAUGUCAGCUACGGCGAUACAAUUGAUCCGGGUACAUUGACGGAAGUACCACAACCACCGCCCGAAGAAACACUCAGCCCGUGGGAACGACAAGAUGAUCCGGUUGAUGCAUUCACAUUGAUGCAUCACGAUCUUGAUGUUUGCACAAAUUCAUUGCAAUACGCUAUGAUUUUGGAUAUUGUGAAUAAUUUAAUGUUGUACGUUGAGCCACAGCGUAAACAAGCGCUGGAGAAAUUAGUUCGAAUGCGAUUCCAAUUGCAAUUGUACAGUAGCGAUGAUCAAAAGCGUCCCAUUCAACAGUUGCAAACACAAAUUCGAAAUUUAAUGUCAAAAAUGAGAACACUUGAAAAGGAUAUACAUUUGAUUGGCAGAGCCAGAGCCGAAGAAGGUGACAGUGAUGAGCUUAAACAUGAAUAUGAAGAGGUUCAAAAACAAAUCCAAGAAUGCAAAGAAAAAUUGAAUGCACAAAGCGAAGAAUUGGACAUGAUGUUCUCGUGUUACAAAGAAACGCAAUUGUCAGCAAUGAAUAAAUUGGCGACGAUCAGAAAGAAUAAACCAAUUACAAUUGUUCGAACGAAUGAAAUUUGUUUCAAACAUGCGCAGUGGCGUCUCACCGAAGCCGACGGUCAAAUUGGUAUUGCUGAUUUGAUUUUGAGCAAUUUCUUGUAUAAAAAAGUAACCAAAAGUGAUGAUUCCAUUGAACAUUUACUGGAAUUGGGAUAUAUUCGAAUGAAUAAUUUGAUACCACGUGAAACAUACAAAGAGGUUCUUUGUCCAACCGAAAUUCAAAAAGAUAUGCCGGUCGAUCAUCAAAAAGUGUUGCGAAUAUUUUGCCGUGAAAAACCACCGGUCGGCGGUAUAUCGGUAAAAGAGCAUUUCGAAAUAAAUGUUGUGCCAAUUACAUUGGCAAUAACACGUAAAUUCUAUAGCACCAUGUUGAAAUUUUGCUUCCCCGAUCGUGACACAUCCGAAACAGAGACAAUGGACGAAAUGGACGAUGGCACCGCUUCCAUCAGCGGAAGUACGACAUCAGUUAGAUCGGGCGCAUCGCAGGCAAGCAAAAAAUCAAUGCGCUCGAAGAAAAGUAAUAAGGAUUCAGCAUUUUAUGUGAAAAUUGAAAAGGACGAUGUUGAAAAGAUGAAAGAACGUGCCGAGAAAAAUAAACUUUUUAUUUAUAUUAAAAUACCGGAAGUUCCCGUUCGCGUUAGUUACAAGGGUAAUAAACAGAAAAAUUUCAAAGAUAUCACCGAUUUCUCGUUGGUCAUACCAACACUGGAAUAUCAUAAUGUUACAUGGACUUGGCUCGAUUUACUGCUCGCCAUGAAAUCAGAUAGUCGACGAGUGAUUUUAUCGCAGGCUAUAAAGCAAAAGUUGCAGAUACAUAGAAAUCGUUCGAUGACUGUUGAUGGAGAACGGCCCAGUCCACAGGAAGAAGACAAAGCCAAGAUGCUAUUUGGAAAUCGACAUGCGCCCGAAAAUAAAAGCACAAGAAAGGGUGUGUUCAAGUUUCCGACGAAACAAUAAAUCAAUGUAUUGAGCGAAAGAGCGGAGAAGAUAACGAAUGCAAUAUCAAUAUAUAUAUAUAGGUGUAGCGCUUUCAGUAUAUAAAGAAAAAUCAUUAUCAUAAAUUAUUUACACAUGGACGAUGCGCAGUAUUUAAAAAAUGAAUGAAAAACUAAACGAAAUAAACCGUACGGUUUCUUGUUAUUUAAACUGUCUAAUUUUAUUAUAA